AGCAGAGCUCCAGCGAGAGAGGAGGUUAGCCAGCAGCGAGUGAAGAAAAUGGCGAUCAUGCAGGACGAAUGCUUCCCCUCGUAGAUGCUGCAAACGCGUUGAAAUUUUUUUUUUAGCCUUACAGCCGGCUUUCCUUUCCACUCUGUUGCACUUUAUACUUCAAUGAGAGAUUUGGAAUUGGAAGCUGUUGCCACCAAAGAAACUGAAGCAUCUUAACAGGGAACACACCCACAGAGGGAAGAACAGUGGAUGGAAGAGAGAGAGAGACGGAGUGUGUGACGAGGAAGGAGGAUAAGAAAAUACAGGACUGGACAAAAGUGCCAGAGCAUACCAAGUCCAGGCAGAGUCCUAAAUCUAAACCACGCCCCCCCUUCCCCCCUCCCACACACAAACACACACAUUCAGUCUUCAGCACGUCCUCAGCAAUGCCAAGGAGGCCUGAUCAGCCUGCUGCCCGCUCUGAAAAGCCCUGCCUCUUCACCCCAGAUCCUUGAGGCUGUGCCCUCUGAGCUUUAACAAUUGACCUCCCCCUUGUCGACCUGGGAACCAGAGGUCACCUGUUCUCCACUCAACCCGGGGAGGCCCUCCUGCCCAGCCAGGAGCCGCAGCCACGUGCCGCACUCACAGGCAUGGCUCCCAUUCGGGAUUCCGUCAGCCACUCCCCUAAUCAAACAGGUCUGGAGCAUCCUGGCUUAGACUCGCAGUAUGAACCUUCUCCCUGGUCCUCUGGCUCUCCCUGCAGCAGUGACAGCAACAGUAACUGGGGAAAAGUCCUAGUGGACGGAAGCACCGACAAACCCAACAACCCUUCUUCAACUAACUCUUCCGUCUGGCCCCCCUCCUCCUCUUCAUUCUCUUGCUCCUCGUCUUCUUCCUCCUCUGGCUGUGGGUCAGGAUCAGACCCUGAGUUGGCAUCAGAAUGCAUGGACGCAGACUCUAGCUCCUCGAUCGGCUCAGAGAAAAACCUCGCCGCUGUUGCUGUGACAACAGUGAUGAUGAUGUCAGCAAAUGCUUCUUCCUCUGUGUCUUCUACGACUUCUUCUCCCUCCUCUCCUAUGGUGACUUCUGCCAUGAUGGUCGGCGUUUCAGUGAACGGAGACAGCAACGGCAACAGUCGUCAGGUUAUUGGCGGAGGAAUGGGAAUCAUCAGUGGUGCAAAUAAUGGAAAUAAUAACAUCACCGGGCCCUCCCACUUCUCCGUCGCUGGGUCCAGCAGUAUUGGCAGCAAUAACAUGGGUAACCACAACAACAAGCUUGUCAAUAGUGGUGUAUGGGGUACCCAGUCAGGCAGCAACAUGAUCACCACCGGCGGAAGCGCCCCCUGCAUCAAUGGAGGGUUAACCCAAAACACUUUAAACCCAAAUGCCAACCACGGUGCCUGGCCACAGAAUCCAACCCCAAGCCCAGUGUCCCAAGGCCAACGGCCUCCACAGGCUCAGGGGAUGAGUUCCAAACUGGGUAUAGCUCCCCAACAGGGCCCCUUGCUGGGCUGGGGUGGCAUGGCAGCUCCAGACAACAGCAGUAUGAUGGAAGACACUGAGGUGAAUAAUGGUACAGCAAGCAGCAAGGUGUUAGGAAGCAGCAACAGUGGAAAUGGUGGCCUGCAGCCUACCAACCUUAACACUGAAUCCAAUGGACCAAAUAACACUAUAAUGAUGAAUACUACUACUACUACUACUAACGCCACAAUGACCUCUAGUCCACCAAACUCUACCGCCUCACCCCAACUCAGCGGGGAUUGUUCCUGGGGUUCCAUUGGAGGAGGGAAUGGGGGUCCGCUGGCCAAUGGAAACCCCUCAUCAGCCCCCCAGCACCCCCAAGGAGAGCUGGGGGGUCCUGGGGCCUUCGGUACGCCUUGGGGCACAACUACCUACCCUGGAGACAAUUGUCCCCCAAAUGCAGACACUGUGAACCCCCAAAACCCUGCCUUAAUGCAGGCUGGGAACCCCCAAAUCUCUUCUACUGCUGCUUACAAGAGUAAUAAUAACCACAAUAACACUGGGGCUCCACGCUGGGACCAGGGGCCCGCCAAUAACCCAAACCAGCCUCAGAGCAACUUGUCCUGGGGUGUUGGCUCGAAUCAAAUCCCAGCCUCUGCAGGCCAAACACCAGGAACUGGGAACCAAACUACAAUGGGCCCUCCAGUAGGGAUACCUCGCCCCUGGGGAAGCAGCGCGUCUUCUUCUUCCUCUUCCUCAUCAUCCUCUUCAACAUCUAACAACAAGAUGUCAAAUGGAGAAUGGGGAUCAACAAUUCCUGGUAACAACCAUACAGAUGCUGGAAGUCAUAAAGGAAGUGCUGCCAACAAUGGCUGGAAGAGCCUGGAGGAUGACGCCAUGGGCAUGGGAGGCGGAGGGGGAGGAGGAGGAGGAAGCCAUAGCUUAGGCAGUGUGACUGGAGGAUGGGGUCGCUCUGGAGGAAGUGAGGGAAGCGGCGAGAGCUCCGGAGGCCGAUCCAGCUCAGACAGAGACAGCAGCCAGCCAAAAGGGGUAAACCGCAGAAAAGGUACCCUUGCUCCAACAAUAGUAACGGGUCUGAGCCGGGCCGAUUUGGACCCAAGGGUUCUGUCCAACACUGGAUGGGGACAGACACCCAUACGGCAGAACACCGCCUGGGAUGUCAAUUCUCCUAACAAUCAGCACCAGGGUCCCAGGGGAGAUGAAAGAAAGCAUAGCAGUGGAGGCUCCGGGUGGGGCACAGCAACACCGGCAGCUCCUUCCCAGACCUCUGGAGGUUGGGGGGGUGGGCCAGGUAGCUCAGGCCCAGAUACAGGAGGCUCUGGCUGGGGAGAGCAGAGGUCAACCUCUGGGUGGGACAGCAAAGUCCCAGCAAGUGGAGGAGGUGGGCAGAGUGGCUGGGAUGAUGGAUCCAGCUACAAGGGGAACAACAACAACAGUAACACUUGGAGCAACAACAUAAACAAAGAUGACAGAUCCAAUACCUGGACUAAUGCGCCCAAACCACAGCAGGGCUGGGGUUCCAGUGGUGGAAAUGGAACUGAAGGCUGGGGUAGCAGUGGAGAUAGUGCCAGAGCCAGGGCCAACAACCACUGGGGGGAACCCCAAAAAGGUGCAGGCUCAGUGGGCUGGGACAGCGACAGCGACCGAUCUGGCUCUGGAUGUUGGAGUGACCCAAGCCGAACCAACACCAGCAGCAGUAACACCUGGGUAGGGAGCGGAGGAUCAAAUACUCCAGACCAGAGCACUCCAAACCCAGGCUCCAACUGGGGCGACUCAGUCCACAAACCCAAUCAGAGUAAGAGCCAGGGCUGGGGUGAGCCAACCACGAACAACCACGGAGCCCAGAACUGGGGUGAGCCGAAUCCGAAGACCUGCAAUGCCUCCAAUGAGUGGGGAAAAGGUCCUGAAUCCAACAUGUCCAGAGGCAAUCAAGGCCCUAACAAGCCCACAGGCUGGCUGGGAGGCCCCAUUCCUACAGGAGGUCAGAAGGAGGAAGUGGCGACUGGGUGGGAAGAGCCUUCUCCAGAGUCCAUCCGUCGUAGGAUGGAGAUCGACGAUGGAACUGCAGCUUGGGGAGACCCUGGUAAAUACAGUGGCGGAUCAGUCAACAUGUGGAACAGGACUGGCCAAUCAGACCAGGAGGCAAUGGGCCCAGGCCCAUCCUCUCAGCACCAGUCCCACCCAGCACACAACUCGAUGCAUCCUCCACAGCCCAUGCAGCCUGUUGCCCAGGACAAAAGCUGUGCUUCUGGUUGGGGUGAACCUUACCCCCAGCAGAAGGAGUCCUCAACAUGGAGGGAGCCCAGCUCUGCUCCGCCCGUGACAGUGGACAACGGGACGUCUGCAUGGGGGAAGCCCAUGGACACCAGCUCCAGUUGGGAUGAACACGCCAGGGAUAGCAGAGAGACUGGAUGGGGCGGCCAGCAUAAGUCUGUAGCUCCAGGUCCCAAGCCCAUGGAGACGUGGUGUGGUGAGGAGGUGUCCAUGAGCAAUAGCUGGGACCAGGAAGAGGAGGUGGAGAUUGGCAUGUGGAGCAACAGCCAACAGGACAACAGGUCCCAUGACCAAAACACCUGGAACUACAAGCAUAAAGGCUCCAACAAGAUGAACAAACCAGUCAACAAACAGGAUGAACCCUGGAUGAAACCCUUCAUCAACCAGUUCAACAGCAUGAACUUCUCUCGAGACUCUCCUGACGACUCCAUGAAAACAGGAGGAGGGAUGGUGCAGGACAAGCGUAUGGACAUGGGCGGUAUGGGAGACUUCAAUGGAGUAAUUGGGAAGAAUCCCGGGUCUCGACACCAGCUCCACAAGGAGUCUGCCAUGGAUCGCAGCCCUUACUAUGACAAGAAUGUAAACCCUAUGUUGGGUGGCAGCAGUGUAGCACAGGGCCGUGGCGGCCCCCAGUCCCAGGUCCCCCCCCAACCCAACCUUCGUAACCAAGUGCCUCCGCCCAUCCUGCCCUCUCAGGUCCCUCCAUCCCUGUUGAAGUACCCAGGAGGUAACGGAGGCCUGAACCCUCUGUUUGGCCCUCAGCAGGUGGCUGUGCUCAACCAACUCUCCCAACUCAACCAGCUGUCACAGCUCAACCAGAUCAGCCAGUUACAGCGUCUUCUCCUCCAGCAGCAGCAACAGCAGCAGCAGCAACAGCAGAAGGCUCAGAGCCAGAGAGCCAUGCCUGUGGGACGACAGACUGAACAGACACGUCCUAUUGGUUCGUCUCCAUCAAUGAUGCAGCCGCCACGACACCUGGACCCCUCCCUGCUGAAGCAGCCCCCACCCCUCAAACCGUACAUGGAUAACUACAUGUCCCACAAUACCCCUGACAUGCAGAAGGAUGCUGCCGCUCUUGGAUCCUUCAGCAACUUCCCUUUAAGCUUGAACUCUAACCUGAAUGUAUCCCUGGACAUGGGUGUUGGUGGUGGUAGUGGUGGUGGAGCUGUGAACUACAAAGAGCCACCCCAGUCCAGACUGAAGAAACUUUGGGCUACUGACCCUCUGGAGCAGAACAGCAAACCUGGUGCUAUGUCGUCUGGGCUGCGUCUGGAGGACUCUCCCUUCUAUGACUUCCUGUCUCCUGGCCCAUCUCCCCUGAGUCCUCCCGGCCAAUCAAUGGGCUCGGUGGGCGAUGGCUGGCCGCCCCGUGCCAACUCCCCCCCGCCCCAUGGAAACACUGUCACCUGGCCCCCAGAGUUCCGGCCCGGGGAGCCUUGGAAAGGUUACCCCAACAUUGACCCUGAGACUGACCCUUAUGUGACCCCCGGCAGUGUCAUCAACAACCUCUCCAUCAACACCGUCCGCGACACAGACCACCUCAGGGACAGGAACAACGGGCCAUCCUCAUCACUGAACACCACGAUGCCUUCUAACAGUGCCUGGUCAUCCAUUCGUGCCUCCAGCCACAGCGGUUCCCUCACCAGUACAGCACAAAGCACUUCAGCCAGACCCAGUGAGUCAAAGUGGUCUCCCAGCGGCGGUUCUGUGUCUAACUCCUCCCUGGCCCAUGAGCUGUGGAAGGUCCCCCUGCCUCCCAAGGCGCUGUCUGUGGCGGCCCCCUCCAGACCGCCACCCGGCCUCACCAGCCUGAAGCCCAGCCCUGCCUCCUCCAGCUGGGACAGCUCUGCCCUGAGACUGGGGGGGUGGGGCUCCACUGAGUCCAGAUACACACCUGGUUCCAGUUGGGGUGACAGCAGCAGCUCAGGGAGAACCCAAUGGCUUGUUCUGAAAAAUCUCACACCUCAGAUUGACGGCUCUACCCUGAGGACCCUGUGCAUGCAGCACGGCCCUCUGAUCACAUUCCACCUCAACCUGCCGCAUGGUAACGCUGUGGUAUGCUACAGCUCCAAGGAUGAGGCUGCCAAGGCCCAGAAGAGCCUGCACAUGUGUGUUUUGGGGAACACUACUAUUCUGGCUGAGUUUGCCAGCGAGGAGGAAAUCAACCGUUUCUUUGCACAAGGGCAGUCAUUGGCCACUUCCUCCUCUGGCUGGCAGGCCAUUGGCUCCUCUCAGAGCAGAAUGGAUCAGCCCCACCCCUUUCCCAGCCGCGCUCCUGAACCUAACCAAUGGAACAGCAGCGAUCUCCAUAGCUCCUCCCUCUGGGGCGGGCCCAACUAUUCCAGUAGCCUGUGGGGGACACCCAGUGGCACCGAGGCGGGGAGGAUCAGCAGCCCUUCUCCAAUCAGCUCCUUCCUCCCGGUGGAUCACCUGACAGGGGGUGGGGACACCAUGUGAACCGCCUGCCAAUCAAACAGGUUGGGGGAAGGGUCAGUAGAGAAUUAUCAAUAAUCAGCAGAAGAAAAUAUUGAAAAAAAAAAAAAAAAAGUAGUUAUAAACGCAAUGGCACUAGUUGGACUCUUUCUCACUUACAAGAUAUUCAACAAAACGGGGUCUCCCCUGUGGAAAACAAGUUACGUUUCUCUCUCUGCACAUAUGUCCACUUUGUUUUAGCCCAAAAACAUAUCAGUCGGAAUACUUGAAUCAUGCAGGCCAAUUCUAUAAUGUGAACGGAUGGAUAUUUGCUUCCAGGUAGUGCUCUUUCAGACCGAAAAAAGCUUCAAUCGAGCUCAUUAUUAUAUAUAUAUUUUUUGUUUCAUUCGUCAUGUUUAUUUGAAUUCCAAUUCUUUUUAUUUUUAACGUUUUCUUUUUGUUUUCGUUUUUUUUUUUUUUUUUUUUUUGCAUUUGUUUGCUGACAAUGUUGGAGAAUGAGCUUUUUUAACUUUGCACUGAAUGUGGUUUUUUCUCAGUAUAUAUAAUCUGCAAUAUAGAGGGAGCAGCCAGUUUUUCCAGUGUAGCUGUUUACUCAUUGAGGUCCUUACCGUAUGUGUGUAUGCGUGUGCACGCGCACGUGUGUGUGUGGAAGUACUUUGUGUGUGUGCGUGUGUGUGUGUGAUUGCGUGUGUGAGAGUAUGUGUGCGCUCCUCUCUGCCUUGGCACGCCUACCUUACUGCGUUGUCGUGGAGUUCAAGAUCAACAGAUAGUUAAAAGAAGAAUAAAAGCUGACUUAGGAGGAUUAUCUGGUGAUAGUAAAAGUGACAUUAAAAAGUAUUGCACCAAUUUUGUUUUAAAACUAAAGAACGUUGAGCUCUGCAGUGCAAAGGACUGUAGCCGCAGCUGGGACUAGCAAGCCCCGCUCACCCUAAUGUAGGGGGGCAGGGCCUAUCUAGCAAGCCCUCCCACAAGCCCCCUAGUGGGCAGGGGGGGAACAGCACUUUCAGAAUAGGCUUUCAAUGUUUUGGAGGUGCCACACUGCAACCUCUUGUUUACAAGACUUAGGAGGCGGAACGUGUGUUCAUUCUUCAUUUUAAAGAGAAGAUGGAAUAAAACAGAAAAUACACAAAAAAAUAAAGAUAAAACGAAAAAAAAACCUUUAAAAAAUGUAUAAAACGAAUAGAAAAAUGACAAAAAAAUUUAAACUCUUAUUGAGGAUGAAGACGAUGCUUUGUAACUCUGGGAAUUCGGAUCAGUGUUUUUGGCCAUGGCGUUGGUUAUUUGAACUAUUCCUCUUUGUCUGCUAAAUAACCAGCAAUGGUUCUCAGGAAAUCAAGCCAGUUUUCCCCCCCUUGUAGUUGAAUAAAAAAAAAAACUACUACUCCUUGUAGGAAAGGAAAAUCCAACUUCUAGCACUGAAAACUAUGUAUAGGUCUGUAAGUUUUUUUUUUUUUUCUCUGCCAAAUAACUGCUUUAAGCUGGAGAAGCUCAACACACUGCUUUCAAUAUGCUGUCUUUUGAGGGAGGGGGGGUCCUUGAGUGUGUGGGGGUUGGAGGACGGGCUUUAUAAAUCCCAACGCUCCCUCUCUCCUCCUCCUCCUCCUCUCCUCCACUCCUCCGCUCCACUGAUGUAAAAAUCAAAAGUGGGGAGUGUUUAUUGUGUGAGUGUGUGACUGUCAGUGGAAAUGUUCUGUCUUGUCGGACUUAUAAACCAAGAGAAAGGCGAAUCUGUAUCUAUGCAUACUGUAGCCUCUCACAUGGCCUACAGAGAGGCGUUUUUUUUUUUUUUUUUUCUUUUUCUUUUUUUUCCCGUGUCUCACAAAAAAUGUUUUAAAUGUUUCAUUAAGAACAACAAAAUGCGAACUAUGACUUGCUUUUUUUUUUCUUUUUUUUUUUUCUUUUUAAUCGCUCUCAUUGCCACAAAUGGUGUUUUGAAAAAAAAAGGAAAGAAGAAAAACUUUACAAAUCUUGUUUUGGUUGAAGAUAAUAUUUUAACAGUGCAAAAGUCGUCCACAUUUCAUUGCCUUGAUCCUAAUUGUGUCCGAAGAUGCAACAACAAGUCAAGUGGCUUCUACCUGUUUACAAAUAGAAUAUGAUUGUAUUGUUGAACUGUUUUUUUUUUUUUUCUUUUUUCUUUUUUUUUCUUUUGGGAGGGGGAGGGGGGGGGGUACUCAUCUGAAGUUCUUGACCUGAUGAAUCGUGUGUGUUUGUGUGUGUGUG